GGACAAAGAUGGGACUUUGAUGCUCAGGGUUUUGCGGGUUUAUGCACUAUCAUUCACCGGUCGUGUUUUCAUGCUUGUUCGAGUAGGUUUCUGCUGUAAAAAUUGGAACUUUCUACUGAUUUAUUUCCUGAUCUCGUGGACUCUUGCUGGGUAGAGUGAACUUUCCAUUCUUCCGUUGAAUUUGUCUUCAAAAUCGCUCCUUGUUCUCCUUUGAACAAGAAUCUUGAGUUGGGAUUUUUUUACUUCGUGCUGUUCUUUCUGCGGAGCUCCGGAGGUGGUUGGUUCUUCGGUGGGGGUUUGUUUCUUUUUCUGGUAAUGGUGUUUUGAGCUUCCUCGCUGUCGCCAUGGAAGUGAGAUCAGAGACAGGAAUUAUGUCUGCUAGGGAGCCCUUUGACGUUGCCAUGCAGAAAAGCUCGACGCAGAACCAGCCGGCGAUCCAGAGCAUGCGGUUGGCCUAUACGCAGGAUGGUACAGCGAUAUACAAGCCAGUGACCAGCAACUCUCCUUCGUCACCUCCUUCUACUAGUCCUACGACUCUCUCUUACCAAGGAGGAGGCCGAGGGGGAGGAAGCACUGGCAGCGGCGUCGAAGGUCCCUCUCCGGUAAUGGCAUCACAUGGCCUAAAUAUUAACAUCGGGGAGCCGGUGAAGCGGAAGCGAGGGCGGCCGAGAAAGUACGGGCCUGAUGGCAUCGUGGCCCUUGCUCCUACAUCCGCUGCUGCUUCAGUCCCGCCAGGAGCCAGUGGAUGCUCCCCUCUCUUUCCUGGGACAACUAAGCCAGCAUCCUGGGCAGAUCCUACCAAGAAAGCAAGGGGCCGGCCUUCUGGUUCCGGCAAGAAGCAGCAGAUGGCUGCUUUAGGAUCAGCAGGGAUUGGAUUUACUCCUCAUGUUAUUACAGUGAAGACUGGAGAGGAUGUAUCAUCAAAAAUUAUGUCAUUUUGUCAGCAUGGUCCCCGUGCUGUUUGCAUUCUUUCAGCAAAUGGUGCAAUAUCUAAUGUAACUCUUCGUCAAACCGCAACUUCUGGUGGAACUGUAACUUAUGAGGGACGGUUUGAGAUAUUGUCAUUAUCAGGCUCAUUUCUGCUUUCAGAGAGUGGUGGCCAGCGGAGUCGGACGGGUGGGUUGAGUGUUUCACUUGCUGGUACUGAUGGACGCGUGUUGGGUGGGGGAGUGGCAGGACUACUGACUGCAGCAUCACCUGUCCAGGUGAUUGUGGGGAGCUUUAUAGCUGAUGGGAGAAAGGAAACGAAGAAGACGAAUCCUUUGGAACCCAUGUCUGCCCCUGGAAAGCUGGUACCUGCUGGGACAUCAGGACCCAGCAGCCCUCCCUCGCGGGGCACUCUGAGUGAAUCUUCGGGUGGGCCUGGGAGCCCGCUCAACCAGAGUACGGGAACAUACAACAACAGCGACCAGCAGGGGUUGUCCAAUAUGCCCUGGAAGUAACUUGCUGCUGUCACUGUUUGGGGUUUGGCUCCUAGUGAUGGUGAAACAAAUUGAUCCGUGUUUUUCCUCUGGUGUUGCGGUGGUGGUGGUGUUUAGGGACCAACUUUUCAUGUUUCUAGCUCCUGUUUGUACCUUUAUGUAGUGUUCUGAUGAAUUGUCGAGAGAUGUUGCAGGGAAAUGUUUCAUUGUCAUGUA